UCCCCAAAGUUGGAAACGAUGUUUUCUUCUGCUAAGAGAGCUUUUAAAAUGAUACAGUCCUGGAAGUGUUUCUUUUUACUCGUGAUUUUCUUUCUAUCUACAGCAGAAGGUCUGGAUACGGAAUGCGUCUCGGGAAAUAUUCUAGAGUUGGAUCUGAUCAAAAAUCCAGUGGGCAACUUGUAUUCUCCAGGCUAUAAACAAUCGAAAUCAUACCCAAAUGAAGUAGAAUGUGGCUUUAAUCUAACAAGCAGUGAAGGCACGUAUAUUCGGCUAAAGUUCAAUGUACUUAAUAUCACUCAAAAUCCCACCUGCAGCGAUGAUCAUAUAAUAGUUAAUUAUAUGGACAGCAAUGGCACUCUGGCUACAGCGGGAUUCUACUGUGGAAAGCUAAACGUUCCAGAUAUGAUUUCACCUUUUAAUGCUGUACAAAUAAAAUUCAAAAGUGGAUACUUCGGUACAAGUGUAGGAUUCAACAUCACAUACAGAGUGGUCUCCAGCCGCAGUCUUUGUCUUCCUGGACAGUUUCAGUGCCGCAAUCGUAAAUGUUUGCCAAAUAACAGCUCUUUAUGCAAUGGUGAUGAUGAAUGUGGCGAUGGCACGGAUGAAGAAAAUUGUGAUUAUGCAGCAGCAACUUUUGAAACAUGCGGAACACCAGAAGUUCAACCAGUUAUUGGCAAACAUCCUCUGGAUCGAAUUGUGGGAGGACGUCAGGCUGUAAGAGGUAGCUGGCCGUGGCAAGUUGACAUGCAGUAUGCAGUCAUCCUACCCAAUGGCCAUUUCUGCGGAGGAACAUUACUAAAUUCACAGUGGUUUGUGACAGCUGCUCAUUGUUUCCAACAACUUCGUUUUCCAUAUCAGAUUAGAGUUCAUUUAGGAAACCAUCACAAAUAUAAACCUGAUCCUUAUGAGAUAGUACGUUAUGUGAAAGAUUAUUUCAUUUAUGGAGUUGCAAAAGAAGAUUUUUUGAGAGAUGCGGAAUUCAGCAUGUCACACGACUUAGCACUUGCAAAACUAAAUGCACCUGUAGCUCCAAAUCCUCAUGUUCAACCAGCAUGCUUGCCUCAGCAAAAUGAGGAACUAAGGAUUGGAGAAAAAUGUUGGUCGACUGGAUGGGGCUUAACAAGAGGGUCUUCAUCAGAACAUGCUCUGAAACAGGCUGAACAUCCUAUUUUGAAUGAAAAAAAGUGUUAUAAUGAUUUUCAAGAAUUUGAAAAUAAAACUAUGAUUUGUGCUGGACGCUUGGAUCCUCUUCAUGGUUUAUGUCAUGGAGAUAGUGGAGGCCCUCUUGUGUGCCAGAAGAGUGGACAUUGGUAUGUCUAUGGUGCUACAAGUUUUAUAACAAGGGUGAAUUAUAUUGAUGGUUUAUGUGGUAUGGCUGACACACCAGCUGUUUUUAAUAAAGUUUCAGCUAAAAUAGACUGGAUAGAAGAUACUAUGCAAGCAAAUACCUAGGAAAUUAAUUGUAUUCUUAAAAUAUUGAGAUAUUCAGUAGUGUUUUUAAAGAUAAUGAUUUUUUGAAAAAGGAAUCUAAUUUCACCAUGCUGCUCAGUCCUGUUGUAAAGAGUCUUUAAGCAUAAAAUAAAAAAUUUUCAUUUGAUUCCCAA